AACUCCUCUUCCUCCCCAAAGUCAAUCCCCUAAAUCAAAUGCAAUCACUUUUGAGCCGAUUUGAAGCCUCCAAAAAAGAUUAGCGAUUCUCAAGAGUAUAUUGAAAAGUGGAAUCAGCUGACGCGUGGACGAAAACUUUUUCCAACAAGUCAAGCAGCAGGUACACUUAGGUACCUAUACUUAUAAAAACAAACGAAAAAAAAAAAAUAGUAUCAGUACUUUCAGGAAUUACAACAAGUUCGCACGUGGAACGACGAGCACUUUUAAUGUACAAGUACGUUCGCGUUGAUUCGUAUUCAUUGUAUGGCUCGACUCGUCGUCGAUCAGCAUCAAAAUGCCUCAAGAUAUUAAAAAUCAAGAACCAAUACGACGUUCAACUUGGAAGGAAUUCGUGUUUCAAAUUUUCAUCAGCGUCGAAGGUCCAAACAUAUUCGUCAUUCCAGCACUGUUCAAACAAAUUGGAAUUUUAGUCGGUAUUGUGGCAUCAGUCGUGGUCGGAUUGUUUUACACGAAUGCGAUGCAUUCUUACCUGAAAUGCGCUAAUGAAAUGUCUCGCCGAAGGAACGUACCCCAACAAUCUUUAUACAAGCUGCCUCAAAUGGUAUUCGAAGAAAUCUCGUGCCCGCGAAUAGGACACUAUAUAAAAUUGUAUUUAAAAUACGAAAUAAUUAUUAGCUGGUGUUUGGGGCUAUCUCUACAGUGGCAGUUUAUCGUUGAGAAUUUAAAGCUCAUUUUGAGCUAUUACCAAUAUACUCCCGAUAACGUACAUAUUCUUGCCUGUCUUCUGUUACCUUUGAUACUAAUUAGCUGGAUACCUAGUUUAAAGUACAUCGAUUACGUAUCUUACAUCGUGACAUUUUCAAUUUUUCUAGUCACAGGUGUAAUUGUAUACCUUCUGGUAUGGCAUACUCCCGAAUACGCAACAUUUGAAGUCAUCGUACCGGUAAAUCUCGCUUCUCUGGUGACUUUCACGUCUUAUAUGUUCAUCAUGCUUUCAUUCACCCCGUUGGUAUUUCCUUUGAAAAAUACAAUGAAGAAUCCCGAAUCGUUGAGCAAGACUUUUGGUCCUUUGACGUUGGUCAUCGCAGCGAUGAUUGUUCUAAAUUGUGCCAUAACUGUGCUAGUCUACGUCGAAAUUGGAGACGAUGUGGAGGAGAAUUUAUUUGAAAAUUUUUCUCAUACCCCGCUCGUAUUGGCUACCAAUUGUUUUUUCGCUUUACUCGCCAUGGCUUCGAUUUCGCCUUCUUUACUCGUCAUUAUAAUGGCUUUUUGGAACGAUGGGUUGGAAAAUCAUCUAUGUGAUUCGAAAUACACUAAAUUAUACGAAUACUUGGUUAGGAGUUCUAUUUGCGUAUUUAUCACUUUAGGGGUGAUUUUAGUCCCGUCGUUUACCAAUCUUAUCAACCUAAUUACGUGUUUUAGUUUCCCUUUCGAUUCGAUUAUGCUGCCUGCGGUUUUGGAAAUUGUUCUGGCUUGGUCUGAUUCCAAAAAAAGGUGUACGAGAGAGUUCAAGUUGAUCUGCGUGAAAAAUACCAUCAUCGGGGUGUUUUCUUUGGCCGUGAUAGUGUUGUCUUUAAUCGUAUGUGUAGGUAAUUUUACGUAAGGCAUUGGCCCAACAGAGCAGAAUGAACAAAAAAUUGAAUAAAAUGAAGGAAAUAUUUUUUUAAACGAAUGAGAAAAGUGAAAACGAUGCUCGGAUCGAGAAUAAGUAUUUGUGAAAGAAAAAUUUCAGCCCAAAGCAGCAUGAAAUUUGGAAAAGAUUCGUCCCUUGAUUCGGUUCAGAAAAUUGUAAUUUCUGUUAGAAAAUGUACGAGUAUUUGUGAAAAAAAAAUUUCAGCCCAAAAGCAGCAUGAAAUUUGGAAAAGAUUCGUCCCUCGAUUCGGUUCGGAAAAUUGUCAUUUCUGCGAGAAAACGUGUGUGUGAAAUUCGGGAAAACUCGGCCAAAUUUUGAACAAAGAGGAGAACGAGGAGGAAUAAUUAAGAAUUACGAUAAUAGUAGAACUAUGUACAUAUAAAUUAAGAAAACUAGAAAGGUUAUUUUAAGCGAGGAUUUAAAUAAAUGUUUUUUAUUCAGUUUUUUAA